GCACGGGCUUGGGACGCAAGUGCCUCGGCAUCACUGGCGGGCACGCAAUACGUCCGGGUGCGCGCACGCAGUGGAGCGCCGGGUCAGCGGUGAAGCCGGGGCCGCGGAGAGCUGGCGAGUGGGGCUGGCCCGUGUGGGAGGGUGCAGGCUGCGAGCUUCGGCCUCAUUCUGCCUCCCUUCCUCCCACGCUCGCCCUCACUUACGGCUGUCCGCCAUGGAUUAGGAGGAAGCGAUAAAAUCCACUGACCCCGGGGGCCCGGGCCCAACUGCUCGCCAUGAACAUCGACGUGGAGUUUCACAUCCGCCAGAACUACCCGUGGUCUAAACUCCCCGGCAAUGUCCGGCAGAGUCUGGGCAACUCACAGAACGAGUAUGAGAAACAAGUUCUGCUUUACAGCAUCCGCAAUCAGCUGCGUUAUAGGAGUAACCUAGUGAGAUACAUCAAGAAAGAUGAACGCAAGUACUAUGAAGAGCUGUUUAAAUAUAGCAGAGAGCAUCUCAUGCUGUAUCCGUAUCAUUUAUCUGACAUUAUGGUAAAGGGACUACGAGUUACCCCUUUUUCCUAUUAUAUAGGAAUUAUGGAGGAUAUUAUGAACAGUGAAAAAAGUUACGAUUCGUUACCUAACUUCACAGCUGCUGAUUGUCUGAGACUUCUAGGUAUUGGAAGGAAUCAGUACAUUGACCUCAUGAACCAAUGUAGAUCAUCAAAAAAAUUCUUCAGGCGGAAAACAGCUCGUGACCUGCUACCAGUGAAGCCCGUGGAGAUUACUAUUGAGCCAUGGUGGGUGGUGCAGGCUGGUUUCAUCACAGAAGAUGAUAUCAAGAUUUGUUCAGGGCCCGAGAAGAGUUCUAUUGAUAAAAUAAUUGAUUUGGGACCUCAGCUGGCUGGAAUAUUGGAACACAAUGUGGUUCUCAGUUUAUAUAACAAAGGCUUCAUUUACCUUGAUGUACCAAUAUCAGAUGACAGCUGCAUAGCAGUUCCACCAUUAGAGGGUUUUGUGAUGAACCGGGUCCAAGGUGAUUACUUUGAAACGCUUCUCUACAAGAUUUUUGUUUCUAUCGAUGAGCAUACCAAUGUUGCAGAGUUGGCGAAUGUCCUGGAAAUAGACCUGUCCCUUGUGAAGAAUGCAGUGUCAAUGUAUUGUCGACUGGGUUUUGCACACAGAAAAGGACAAGUGAUAAAUGCAGAGCAGCUUCACCCAACAUGGAGGAAUGUUCCAUCGGUGAACAGAUUAAAGUGUGCAAUGGAUCCACAGAAGAUGCUGCUCUCAUGGGAUGGGAAUGAAAGCCGGAGCCCUGUGCACGAUAUAACGUCAACAACAGACACUGAUGCAGCUAGUCAAGAUGAUGUAGCUGACUCUGCCAGCGUCAACAGUCUGAGUAUGCCCAGUGGACACACUAAGCGAAUUGCCUUCCUGUUUGAUUCAACCCUUACAGCAUUCCUAAUGAUGGGAAACCUUUCACCGAACCUAAAGAGCCAUGCUGUCACAAUGUUUGAAGUUGGGAAGUUAUCAGAUGAGUCACUGGACAGCUUCCUUGUCGAACUCGAGAAGGUUCAAAACACUGGUGAGGGGGAAGCCCAGAGGUACUUUGAUCAUGCACUAACUCUGAGAAACACUAUACUCUUCCUGCGACAUAAUAAAGAGCUGGUUGCAGAUGAUGAACAACCAAACAAUGGCUUUCCAUUAGAUCUAUUGCGUUGCGAGAGCUUGUUGGGGUUGGAUCCUGCAACUUGCAGCAGAGUCCUGAACAAGAAUUAUACUCUGUUGGUCUCCAUGGCACCACUUAGCAAUGAAAUCCGACCAAUAAGCAGCUGUACACCACAGCACAUAGGACCAGCCAUCCCAGAGGUUAGUUCAAUCUGGUUUAAACUUUAUAUCUAUCAUAUUACUGGACAAGGACCCCCAUCAUUGCUACUUUCAAAAGGAUCAAGGCUCAGAAAACUUCCAGAAAUUUUUCAGAGCUAUGAUCGAUUACUUAUAACCUCUUGGGGACAUGAUCCUGGUGUUGUUCCCACUUCAAAUGUGCUCAGCAUGCUGAAUGAUGCACUGACGCAUUCAGCUGUAUUAAUACAGGGUUAUGGUAUCCACGGUGAUGGUGAAACUGCUUAUGUUCCAUUUCCCUUUGAUGAAGCAGAGAUGAAAGGAGAAUUCUCCCGGAGUAACAUGUGUGCUCACCGAGCUUUGAAAGUGUUGAAGGCGAAAGUGGAUCUGGACCAUUUGUGUGGUUUUGUGAAUAUGCUGAACCCUCGUGUUCAGCGCACCAAUGGAAGGCAUCCUAAUGAAGACUUGGAUGAGAAAGAAGAAUUUGAAUCCCCACCUGGAUCUGAUGCUCAAGGUAGUACUGAAUCCUUUGAGUUGGUAACAGAUGAGCCCAUGGCUGACACUGUGCCCAAAAGAAUUGCCGAAGCCUCCGUAACAGAACAGGAUUGGAUUCCUCUGGAGCUCUGCUUCGGGAUUCCGCUCUUCGUUUCAGAGCUGAACAGGAGUGUCUGUCAGAAAAUUGCCACACAUCAAUUAUGUGGGAAGAAAAGCCUUCAGAAACUUUUGCAUUCCAGUAGGAAACUCUCUCUGCAGGUCCUCAGCUUUGUACAGUCAUUCCAGGAAACUGGCAACUCAGAUGGUAGUAUUACAACUUUAUUUACUCAAUCAUCAUCCGCUGAUGUCGGAGUCCCACUUCCAGCCAAGAAUCUGAUCUUCAAAGAUGGCGUUUUGUCUGAAUGGAUUGGACGGUCUCCCUCAUCUCUACGUAUUGCUAGAUUGCACAAGGACCAAACUAAUUAAACCCUUUUGUCUUGUUAAAAUACCGCUCAUCUCAAGCAAGAAUCAGAAUAGCAGUGUCUGCCUGUCUCUGCGCCUUUUUUUCUUUCUCGCCCUUUGCCUUUCUCUAUAUCUCUCUCCCUUGCCUUUCUCCCUUGCCUUUCUCUGCCUCUCUGUCAGCCUUCACCUUUCUCCCUCGCCUCUUCCCUUUCUAUUUUGCUCUUUCUCUCUUUUGCCAUUUACUCUCGCCGUUUCCCACAGGACAGCCAAGUUUUACACGCUGAUCCAAAUUGAUGUGGUUAUAUAGCACCUUAAUAAUGUUUUAAUAAAAAAAGCCUAAGGACUCUUGUGUGAUUUAAAUCUCUUGUGAAAACUGCUGAAGGAGAUGAUCACUUGGAUAACUGUAAACAGACUGGUUGCUUGUUUUGGUUUGAAGAAUAUCUUGGUGAUUUCCCCUUAACUCCCAUGUGUUGGAAAAAUAACAUUAUUUUAAAUAGGGUUGGCACAACCACUUGCCCCCUAAACCAUAAUAUCAACACAGUGAGAAGAUGAGCUUUAAUAUCCACUGCAACUCUGUGGAAUGGUGACCAAUACCUUUGCUGCAACUAUUUAGGUCAGUUUUCUGCUUUUCCUCCUGCCCAGGGAUGGUUGGAAUCAAUGUUUAGUAGCCCAGUUACAAACUGGUGAACGCUUAGUCAGGCAUAAAUGUUGGCCAUUAUCAGCACCGUGUUAACCAUAUGGAUGAAAUGGUAGAUUUUUAGUUGUUCACCCUUUGAGCUGCUGAGUGGCAGCUGCUUGGGGACAAAAAAUAUACGUUAACAUACCUCAAAUCCCAAAUCAAAUUGAAAACUACUCCAUUGCAAGUUAACAAAUUGUGCACGUGACUGAAGGAUAAUGUUGAAAUACAUUUCAAGUACCACUUUAAACUUGAGUGUUAUGCAUGGGUACAGUUUGAGAGCAAGAUCUUCAUGGUACUGAUUAUCAGUAUGUUAAAGUUUUAGCUGGUGUAUAAUGUGCUACAAAUAUUGUCUAUUACAUGCUGUCAUAAAAAUGCAGUUGAAAGGGGAAAUUGUUUUUGUUUUGUGCUGCUUUAAUUGAGAACAAAUUUAUUGACUUAAGCUGGUAUGCGAGCCACUCAAUGGCCACACCAUCUAGCUUCAUUCGUUGAUGAGUCUGCCUUGAUCUUGUGAUUUCUGAAAGAUGACAAACUGGACUCUGAUAUCAAGUAUCAACAUAUCAGUUUCACUGUAUUCAGACCCAUGUAAAAUUGUAUGAAGAUAAAUGGAGAAAGGUCUCAAUUAAGUUAAAUGUACCUUUUUUAAUGGUAGAAAUUCUGUCUAAUGUAAGGGUCUAUUUUUGCAUAACAGUAAAUAGUUUUUACUAUCGAUCUGUUGUAACUUUGGCUUCAAUAACAGUUGCAUUGAUUAUUUUGUACCUUUUUUCAGGAUCCCAUUGCUGAAAUUGAUUUGGAGGGAUUCUGAAUUUAACAGUUUUUAUUUUUAAGUUUUGCUCAUUUUUUAAAUUGGGAAAUGGUUUGGGGCAGUGAAGUGACCAAUAAAGGCUUUCUUGCAACCAACAAAACAAUGUACAAACAGCAGAUCUUUUUCUUUUGAAAUCAUUGCAAAACUGCUCUUUUAUGUGCAGUUUGAGCUGCUACUUAAAAGUCAAUUUCAUUUUUAUAAAAGUAUUAAAGUAUCUGAUGUGCAAUUGGAAGGUUCAUUAUCCAAGUGUCAUUGGCUCAUUCACUGUAUAUUGCCCUCAUCAUCUUGGUCAUGAUAAUCUGCAUCCAAGAUUGUGGAUAAUUUGUCAAGCCAAUGCCUUUUGUGGUCUGUUCUGGGAGCAGCAAUGCUGUGCAGAUGAUGCUGAAUGGCAGUGAAUCAAUUAAAUCAAUCACCAUGUACUCUCUGUACUUGUUGUCUUUUUGUAAUGAAAUUUGUAGUGAAAUUUCAAAAGUAUUCCUUGUCUCAUUUUCAUUCUGCAGUGCCCUUCAGCCUUGAGGUGCAAUGGAUGCGAGAGUUAUUAUCUUUGCAAAAAGAUUUAUGAGGUGUAAGGAUAGAAACCCUCUGAAUAAUAUAUAUAUUGAUGCCUAUAAUGGACCGUAAUGUUAGGCAAUGACCAUUUGUCUUUUUCUUACACUGCAUACUCCUACAGAUUUUCAUCUUGUUUUGCAAAAGAAAAAAGUUAAGCUACUUCAGUCAGUGAGAUUUGACCUCUUCAAUAUGGCACCUUUUUUAAAUGGUGAGACUGUUGAUUCAUGUUAAAGGCUAAUAUCUUUGGACAUUUAUUAUACAUAUUAUCUUGGAAGAAUAUAGCCAAUAAAUGUUAACAAGAUUUU